AUGCCCGAAGCAGAGCAGCGCCACCGCGCUGUUUGCGUGCGGACUGGGCGUCGCAUUGGCCUGGAGGCAUCGCUCGGGAUUUCGUGGCUGCUGUCCCUUACCCCAGCGCCCCCUAUCUCACUCCACUCCCUUGGAGGCACGACAUUGGCAGCUCUCGUUCCCUUCUGGUUGCAGCAGCCGCCCAUUGUUGACGGGCGCUUGGUCAUCCAGCCCAUCCCAGCACCUCCUCCACGCGGCUCAGCACAAGGAGCUCGUCCGUCCAUCGGCGUCCACUCGCUUGCUUUCACGGCAUCCCCGGACCUCUUGACUUCUUUUCUCCCUAACCGACGCGUCUCAAUGGCAGGCGAAUGGAGUGACAAUGGCUCUUUCAACAAUGCAACCAUUGACCCGUCGAUGGCUUUCCUCCAGUCCCCUAGCUCCUCUGACCACAGCCAGUUCCAGCGCAUGUUCAAUGGCGCCGCCAGAAACAUGUCGCCGGGCUUCCCGAAUCCCAACCCGGUGAUCCCUUCCAAGAGAGCGCGUCCCGAUGAUGGCUUCUCCAUGUCCCCGAGGCAGGCGCCUGGUGUCCUCCCUGGCUCCCGGUCGCAGACACCGCAUCAAGCUCCCUUCCCUGGCUUUCCUGACCCUGCCAACGGCACGCCGCAGUUUGCGCAACAGCCCGCGCCAUCCCCGUACCAACACCUUCAGACCGGGUCUAACAAUCCAAGCCCAUCUCCGAUUCUCCAGGACUUCGACCCGCAGCUUUCUCAAAGGGUCCAGACCGCCUCUCCAAGCCCAUUCUCGCCCGCUGGGAUCCAUGUAGCCUCGCAAAUAUCACCUCCACACUCAGAUCACGGCAGUCGCGUGAACACGCCGCAGACUAGCACUUUUGGUCAACCUCCGCCAUAUGCGCAACCGCCUGGAACGCAUUUCUCCCCCAACCCUACCAUCACUUCCUCUGGCUCUCAUCCCGCAAUGCAACCGCAGUACACUCAAAACAAUCCGGCAAUGAUGCAAAACCUUUCGGCUCAGCAAAUUGCCCAACAACAACGGCUUUACCAGUUGCAACUUCAAAAUCAAGCCCGUCAAUUCCAGUCUCCCAAUGCGCCAGCCGUCGGAAGGCCCAUGGUGGCUGGCGCCAAUGCGUUAAACAAUCCCCAAGCAGCUGCAAUGCGACAAUUGCACCAGAAUAUGGCCAAGCCAUCCAAUCCUGAGGGCUUCUUACGAGGCUUGCAAAGGUAUAUGAUGUCGCGGGGACUGCCGCUUGAUCUCAAUCCCAUCGUCAGUGGGCGACCAGUUCAUCUGAUGCAGCUCUACGCUGCCGUCAUGAGGCUUGGUGGGUGCAAAAAACUUACCGCAAUGAACGGGUGGCCGACGCUUGCCCAACAAAUGCAAUUCCCUGCGAUGCAGUAUCCCACCGCUCCACAGGAACUUCGCGAUAUCUAUCUACGGAAUCUCGCGCCUUACGAGCAGGCCUGGCUAAGUUCUCAGCAAAAGCACGUAGGUGAUCCAUCACAAAUGGGUGGCCAACGUCCUGUCGACCCGUCUACCCUCCCGCAACAGAUGACACCUAACAAAACAAUGCCCUCUCAAUCCUUUGAUCUCUCAUCCCAGCUCCCUGGUGCAACUCAACCGUCCAUACAGCAACAAAAUCACUCCCAGCCUAUGCACAUGAAUGGUUUCCCUGUAGGCUCGCAAGGCAAACCAAUCCCAAAACAACAGCGACCUCUCGGGCAUCAGCAUCGCUCUAGCCUUUCGCGUCCACCCGAGUCUGCCUCGCCUAAUGGGCAGAUGCUUCAAUAUCCGCCAGAUGUUCAGAUGCCAGUCGACAAACAAUCUUCCCCGGUUUCGGGCAGAAAAUCAGGAAAUGACUUUGUUUCGUACCGGCAACCUCUAGAGGACCCAUUCAAACCCACGGUUUUGCCAGAAAGUGCCUUUCAUGGGCCCAUUGUAAUCGAUGAAGCUUUCCAGAUCGGAGAGGAGCUGAUGCGACUGAAACCUACUGUCCCUACCUUUGGGGAACUUGGAGUCAUCGAUAUCCACGCGCUUACUAUGAGUAUAAAGUCUGGUAUUCAUGCGGAAAUGCGAGUGGCUUUGGAUACUUUAGCCCAAAUUUCGUUUGAACCUGCAGUCCAAUUAUCUCUGGAUAACUGUGAAAACCUAGUGGAGGCGCUGAUCGACUGCGCUGAAGAUCAACUUGAGCUGCUCGCAGACAACGCUGCGGAGGUGUCUGACGUUAUGCUCCUGCCAACCUAUGAGGAGGUUGUUCGCGGGUGCAGACAAGAAAUGGAAACGCUGCUUGAUGUUCCCGAGUUUGGAAGUCUGGAUUACGAGCUUGACCGCGCAGUAGAUCGCCUAAUAUGUAUCACCACGCUGCUAAGGAAUUUUUCUUUUGCCGAGACGAACUUUACCCUGCUUUCAAUGCCAUAUGUUGUCAAAUUUAUGGCAUCUGUCAUGCGGUAUCUAGGCACAAGGAAUAUGCUAUUGCGAACUAACCAGAACCUCCUGGACUUUAUGAAAGACGCCGUCAUUUACCUCAGCAACAUAGCCCAUACAAUACACCUCCCCAGCAAAGAAGAAGCGCUAGCUAUCUUGCAUUUUCUCCUCGCGUUUACUCCGAGUUCACCGACCAUUGGACCGAACGGGCUCAUGUUCGCUCCAUACGACCCGAGUAUACAUCGGUAUAUGCCAGCUGCCGUGGACACUCUGGCGAAGCUUCUCGCACGGGACGACCCGAACAGAACGUACUUUAAGGCGAUUUUCUCUCAAGAGAACCAGUGCCCACCACCCAAUGAUCUGCUAACGAGGAGUUUUGCACUCUCAAUUGCGUCAACGCCUGAACAUACCAAGGGCAAUGUCAUCGCGUUAGCAGAUGCUAGAAAGCCGUUCCUCAUGCAAGGCCUGCUUUCCGCUGAGAUUUUAGCCGGCUUAGUAGAUAGUGAUCUGGCUCGUUUAUGGCUUAAGUCUAUAGAUGGAUUUGCAAUUAGCCUGCUACGCCUGGCUUGUAUACUAAGUGCUGAUCGCAAUCCCCCUGGCCCGCAGCGGCACGGUGCAGCUGGCCGUGCAGCAGAGGCUGAUCUAUACUGGCAUAACACCAUCAGCAACCGUGGGUAG